AGGGAGAUAGAUAGAUGUGUCAGGUGAAGGGUUAUGUGAAGAGUGCGGAAUAAAGAAGAGAGUGAAUUAUCUGAGCAAAUAAGUGUUUUAAUUAACUAAACCCACCCCUGGGGCCAGCGGGGGUACCACAAAUUGGCGACGAGUCAAAAGUGCGUCAAGAAAUAACAGACUUGAGAUAAUACAGAGUCUGAUCUAGUAAUAGUCGGAGAGUAAUUAGGCGAGAGAGACCUAAAUUGAGGUAAUAAAUCAAAGAUACAAAGUGAGAUGAAUUUCCAUAAAUUGAAGAAAUUAUUUCAGAGUUGAUGGAAAAACUGUGGAACUUGCCACCAUUUGAUCCUGGCAAUGGCUCUGAGGCCAGACGAAAUUGGAUAGAAUGGAAGAGGGCCUUUCAGCACGUAAUUGUGGUUCUUGGAGAAACAAACAAGACGAAGCUCAAGAGUCAUUUGUUGGGUAUUGGAGGCAUGAAACUGCAGAAAAUCUUCUACGGUAUCCAAGGGGCAGAUGUCUCAGAAGAAGAAGGGAGCAAUAUCGAUCCAUUUGAGGUGGCAAUACAAAAACUGGAUCAAUAUUUUGCCCCAAAGAGACAUGAGUCUCAUGAGCGUCUUAUUUUCUGCAAAAUGGACCUGGAAGAAGAUGAACCAAUCGAGAAAUUUAUGGUUCGAAUAAAGCAGCAAGCAUCGAAGUGUAGUUUUGGUCGAACCGAACAAGAAAGUCGCGCGACAAGCAUAAUUGACAAGGUCCUAUUAGCAGCUCCCGAUGACCUGCGCGAGAAGUUGCUUGCUCUGGAAAACCUUACGCUGGAAUCUCUGGAAAGAACUGUUAAUUCUUUCCAAGCUAUUCGGAACCAAGUGAAACAGAUGACCACCACUGAGUGUGAGACUGAUAUACAGGACGAUGAAAUUAAUGAAAUCAGAGGAACAAAGGCAAAAUCACGUAAGUGCUUCCGAUGUGGGAAAGAACAUGAUUUCUCCAAGAUCCAAAAUUGCCCUGCGUAUGAGAAGGAGUGUCACAGAUGCAACAAGAAAAACCAUUUUGCGUCUGAGUGCAAGUCAUUGAAAAGGAGCCGAGGAGAUCAAACCUCAUCAGAUGAAGAUUACAAAAGCACCAAACGCCGGAAGGUUGAAGGCAAAGGGUCUCUGAAGGAGGACGACUCUGAGGAUGACUCAAGUGAGUUAGAUUCAAGUGAGUCAGAUUCAAGUGAGUCAGAUUCAAGUGGCUCAGAUUCAAGUGGCUCAGAUUCAAGUGAUGUAUGCAGCAUUGGAAUUGGAGAUGAAUACAUUCGCUGUGAGAUUGGUGGUGUACCGACAGAAAUGCUCAUUGACUCUGGAUCUACAAAUAAUGUGAUUGAUGAGGGCACUUGGGCCAAAAUGAAGGAGAAGGGGAUUGAGCUAACGAAUUUCUCCACGACCUGUAAGAAACAGCUGAGGGCUUAUGGACAGAAGACAUGCUUGCAAAUUAUGGGUGUGUUCGAGGCUAUGAUGGUUGUUGAAGACAACGGAGAUCAAUAUAAAACAGUUGCAGAAUUUUAUAUUGUGGAAAAUGGAACACAUUCGCUAAUGGGGCGAUCAUCCGCCAUCAGUCUGGGGUUGUUGGAAAUUGGACUUCCAAGUUCCCGGAAAUCUGCGGAAUUGACGAAUGAUGGAGAGUCCUCCAGGAGCCAGUAUUCUUGCCACGCGAAUAAGGUAACGCAGCAAACUCGCGGCAUCAAGGAUCCUUCCAACGAUUUCUCGCGGAAAUUGUCGGAAUGGAGAGGGCUUUAUGUGUACUUCAUGGAGUUCUGCAAGGAGCACGAUAUCCUGGUCAACAGCGCAUUUCCAAAGAUACAUGAUGUCGAGCUCCAGCUGAACUCUUCGGAGUGCCACAAGCGGAACAAUUUUCGAGAAAAGAAGGGGGAGGAUGUGGAAGAUCAAAAAGGAAAUGACGAGGAAACUGAUGUACACGAGAGAAACCGGAAGCUGUUCACGGUCUCUGCUCAGCAAAAGCUUCUGGCUAGUGGUGGACUACCCAAUAGGAUGUAACAAACAAUUUCGACCAAAAUACAAAAGAUUCCCUGCACCGCAGAGUCACCAGAUACUCCUGAGGGCUACAUCACGAGUACUGUGAGGACUUCAGAACAACGUGAGGUCUAGGCUUUGAAAGGAAAAGGGAGAUGUGGUGAUCUGGGUGUUGGGAGUGAGGGAGAUAGAUAGAUGUGUCAGGUGAAGGGUUAUGUGAAGAGUGCGGAAUAAAGAAGAGAGUGAAUUAUCUGAGCAAAUAAGUGUUUUAAUUAACUAAACCCACCCCUGGG